AUGCCGAUUGAUAACACAUUUCAGUCUGCUGUAGUUUUUCCUCCUAAAAAGAAUAAAUCAUCAGGCAGUCGUAGUCAACGUAAAAGUUCACGAAAAUUAAGUAGUACUAAUAAAAAGUCAAACAAUCCAUUAAUUUUAAAUAAUGAUUUACUACAGAGUAUCGAUGAAUUAGAUGAUGCAACAAUUCAAUCAUUUGGUCAGGAUUAUUAUCUAUUUGUAAUUAAACAAUUAGAAAUGCAAGUAAAUGCAUAUGAGGAUUAUAUUAAACAAUUAUCCAUGCAAAAUGAAAAAAUUAUAACAAAGUAUCAUGCCAGUGAUUUUGAAUGUCAAGAUCAAUUUAGAACAUUGAAUAAAAGAUAUCAUGAGAGAAUCAAUGAAGCGGCUGAUUUAACUGAACGUAUUCAAGCUAUACAACGUGUUUUUAGAACAAAUCUUGAUAAAUGGAGAUCUAGAGAAAAUGAAUUAGAAAAUUUAAAGAAAUCUACUGAAGAAAGAAUGAUGGCAGAAAAUUCGGCAAUUGCUAAUGAAUUAGCUUCACUUGAAGAAUUUCGAUUAAAUCGUGAAGCCCUUUGGAUACAUUAUCAUAAUUUAGAAUCUACUCUUGAUCAGAUAAAAAAUGAACAUAAGUUAGCUAUGGAAAAUUUAUCAGAAAGGGAUCUAGCUUAUAGGGGACGAUUGAAAAAAGUCACUAAAUUAAAAAUUAAUGAGGUUGCUUCGGAAUUUCGUUCCAUUUCAUUUCAACGAACAGAACCAACUAUAAAACGUAUGCUUGCUGAAAAUGUUUCUAUUGAAGAUCAGUUAGUGAAACUUUCCGUGGCUAUAGCUGAUAUAAGUAGAGAAAAUGUUGAUUUGUUGACAGAAUUUUAUCACUUAACUGAUGAACAAUCAAAGUUAGAAAAAGAACAGAUUUUAUUAAGUACUCGUAGUUCAGCCAUACUAAAGGUAUCUCAUUUAUUAUCAAUACUUCAAGUGAAACUUGAUGAGAAAAUUAAAGAAGCUAAUGAAAAGAAAGAAAUUUAUUUGAAUUUAAACAAUAAAUGUAAUGAACUAGAACAUGAGAAACAAUUAUUAAACACAAAAGUUGAAGAUUUAAUUACUAAAAGAGAUCGUGUGCUGAAUAAUAUAAACAAAAUCAAUAAAAAAUCAGUAGAUUGUUCCGAUUCAAUUCAUCAUUUAACCGACUGUAUUUUAUAUGCAGCUGAAUACAUUCAAACAAUUUUAUCUACUAAUUCUGAUCAAUCAUUGAAUAAAACUUGUCAACUAAAUAAAGAUACUACUGAUCAACUGGAGAAUGAAGAUACAAAAGAAAUUUUGUUUAAAUUAUACAAUAAAUUAAAUUCAGUUGAUUGUAUCAUAAAUAAAUAUGAUCCGAUACAAUUAGAUGAUACUGAUUAUGAAAAUGAAAUUGAUAAUCCAUUAAGUGAACAUAAUGACAAUUUAUCAGAUAUUAGUGUACCUAAUUAUGAAUUAGAUAUUGAUGAAACAAUGUCAAUAUCAGAACCAGAGGAUAUUGAUCAAAAUAAUAAUCAAAAGAAUAAAUCAAUAAUCAGUAGUAAAUCAGAUAAUAUGAAUAAAUUAGAAAAUAUGGAAAGACUGGAUAAAAUAUGGUCACAAAUUAAUACUUCUUAUCUAAAAUCAUAUGAUCCAGCUUCAAAUGAAUGGAAAGAAAUUUUAAAUAUUUUAGCAAAGAAUCAAAUAAAUUGGAGUGAAAACCUGAAGAACAAAUCAACUAAUCUACAUGAUGGUUAUUUAAAACCAGGCGAUUUAAAAUUUAUUCCACCGCCAUCAACAAAAAUCUUAACAAAGAAGGAAUACAUAAGUUUAUUGAGAAGAAGAGAAAGUAGAAGUACAAGUCGUAAUCGUAAAUCAACUGACAAUAUUUCAGAUAAUAUUAAUGAAAGAUCCAAAUCAGUUGGAGUUCAAACUCGUAGUAGCUCAUGUGUUAGCCAGUCAAAAAGUAAACAGUUACGUUUUGAACAAUAAAAAUAUAUUAUUCAAUACAAGAUAUAUAUAUGACACAAUGGUUAUAUUUUUAGUUUUCAAUUGAGAGAAUAUGAAAAUAUUAUGUGAUAUUUAAUGCUUAUAAACAUGAGAUUGAUUGCAACCAGUU